GGGGGACAGGCACACACAGGCAGUGCAGCUCGCUACGCAUGUCGUCUACCCAUUGCAGCAAGGCACGGGCGAUGGCGGACGAGUCCUGCACAAGGGACGAGUUACCUCCUCAGCAGGAGUCGUAGUCCGACUCGGGGUCGUCCUCUUCACCAGACGACAUCUCAUCGUCCAUGUCGACCCGCUCCCUGCACGGAGGCCAACCAAGAACAGGUGCAUGUGCUUGGAUGCGUGCAUGGCUCUGCUUUGCUGCAUGCUCACUCUUCGUGCAGGCACUUGAGGUCGUCGAGGACGGAUGUGAAGGGUCGGAUGACGAGCAGGCUGUGGUCGGGGUUGAGCUCCUUCCUCAUGGGCUUCGAAAUCAUCGCGUAAACGUCCAAGAGCCCCACACUGCACAAAUGCAUACACACGCAGAGCCGCGGUCGCACGUAUUUCCUUUCAUGCUGCCACUCCCUUUCCUUUCCUUUCCUCUCACCCCAGGGCCUCCGACACUUUCUCGCACUCCUCCGUGACCUUUGGUCUGUUGAGGAUCGCCAUGGGGUUGUUCAUGAGGGCCUUGCGCUCCUCGGGGUCGUCGAUGAGCUUGUCACAUUUGUUGAGAAUAAUGCAAAGCUUUACCUUGUGCUCUAAAUACACGCAUACAGAGAAGAGGGAGAGAAACAGAGACAUGAAGCGGGCAGAUGCAGCACAGGGAUGAGCACAUCACAACCACGACUACGAAGCAGCCUCUCUGCACUUGAUUACUUACUAUUGAUCUCCUCAACCAUCUUGCGGUAAUUUUCGAGGCCACUCUCACUCGUGGCAGCCGCAUCGAUGACCAGGAACACAACGUUGGGUCGGUAGGCUUCCAACUGGGGAUCAUCGUCAUCCCCCGACCUGAUGAAACCAAACCACACAUCGGACACACAUCAGCGAUCUGUGAGCGGAGAGAACAUGACACUGCGCACACAUUGCCCUACCGCAAGAGUGACAUCGCGUUCUCCUCCUCCCUGGUGAGCUUCUUUCCCAGGCCUUUGUUGAAAUACAUGUCCUUGAUUCCUUCACAGCCGAGCUUCAUGUUGAAGCUGUUUUUCAUCCGGCCCUCCAUGGCCAGCUUCAGCAAACCCUCAUCGCCACCGCCGAUCUCCAGCCCUGUAUACACACAGAGGCAGGCACACAUGCGUGCAUUGUGAUGAUAUGAGAGGUGCGUAACACCCAUAUACGUCACGUACCUUUGCCGUCCUGCAGACAUACGCGCUCGUUGCCGCCCAGCAUGUACGUCUCAAACAGGGAAGUGACGCUGCCGGAGUGGCUGCCGGGAGCCGUGUGGGAAUACUGCACACCCACACAACGCCACUAGGAAAGUGGAGGGCUUGCACUGGUUGCUCACUUCCACAUAUCGGCCGUGCGAGCCCUUGGCGCUCAUGAUGGAUCGGCUGUGGUUGCAGAAUGUCGUCUUGCCGACGCUGAAUGAAGACAGCAAACAGUGUUUCAAAAUGUGUGCGCCAGGCAAUCAUCUUUAUGCAUCAUACCCUGGCUCGCCAGUCACUAUAAUUUUGAGAGGCUUGCCCUUGUAGUCCCUGAUGGAGCGCUUUUUCUCCUUCAACCUGCAGCCACCAAAGAAAGGAACACAAGCCCAACAUAUACGUCUGGGGGGGGGAGCCACUAUCACCUGAGACGUAUGGGUGGGGAUAUCAGCGGGUCACGUGCCUGCAUCACCAGCCAGUCAUACACAAGAGAUGAUAUUGUGCAGAAGUGAUUGAGUGUCGUGGAACUCGUGAUGUACAUGUGCCGACCAUAGGAGCAUCGUCGUCGGAGUCUUCCGCCAUCGCCACAUCCCCAUCAGACACAUGAUUCAUUAGCCCACUGCAUAGAAAAAUAAGCACACACCCACUACAUUAUCGCUAAUCUCGCCACUCUCUUCAUCCCACCCACUUCUGCACGUGAGCGAAAACUAUGAUCUUGUCUUUGGCAGCGACCGGCAGCGGGCGGAGGAAGCCGUUGAUCUCCACGGCAUACCCGCCAUGGCCAUCUCCAUAGACAAAAUGGCCGUCGAGCAAACCAACAACUCUCGGGGGCAAGCCUGGCUCCUGAAUGACACACCAUUCAGAACAGACAGACCAGACAGGCAGGCAUCAGAGACCGACAAUCACCGUCGAUGUAUUUGCCUUUCUGUCUCAGUAGUGGUCACCUGUGCUGAAUAGCCUGACGACGAUGGGGCUCUGCCGUCGCUGCCGGGCGGCCUGACCUCCUGAUAGGCAGCAUUCUCCAUCAGUGUGUAACGCUGCCUCCCACGAGCAACGCAAUAACGAGACCUGCGGGAAGCACAGGAAGCGACACUGUCAGGCGGGAAAUGGGCUGUGUCUGCGCUGCACCUGGUGAACGCAGAUGUGCCGGGACCGACGAACCCCAGUGGCGGCGGCUGUGUUGUGAGUGUGAGCGCACUCUGCCGCAGCUGCUGUUGUCGCGGCUGCUCGUGUGUCAGCUGCUCAGCCUCUCGCGGAGAGGGCGACAGCUCGAUGUGCGGCGGCAAGGAACGGAGCGAGGGAGCAUAGGCCUCAAAUAUUUCGCGGCCCCCCCCCCCCUCAGACAUCAAU